AUGGCGGUUCUUAAUUCCAUCCGUACAACGAACCCACUUGUGCUAAAUCAACAACAGGGGAAUCAGAUUCAGUUCCCUCCUCCACAUCUCGUAAUCCAGAAGCAGGCCUUCUUAAAUGAUGCCUCGAGAAAAAUUUCAGUCUUUCCUAAUAAAAGGGCUAACAUAGUAGCAGCUCCUGUUGUGUUUGCCUCUGCAGGCAAGUCUUCUGCUUCAAAAAUUUGCAUCCUAACUUCUGCAGUGAGUGAAAGAACUGCAAGCUUGUUGGACAGCGUGAAAGUACUUAAUUUGAAUGGAGAUGAAGUGGUCAUCUCUGAUUUGUGGAAAGAUAGAAAAGCUGUCGUUGCAUUUGCUCGUCACUUUGGAUGUGUGCUUUGUCGCAAAAGGGCUGAUUAUCUAGCUGCUCAUAAGGACAAAAUGGACAAAGCUGGUGUGGCCCUUGUCUUGAUUGGACCUGGUAGUGUAGACCAGGCAAAGACUUUUGCAGAACAAACAAAAUUCAAAGGAGAAAUAUAUGCAGAUCCUGACCACUCAUCAUACAGUGCACUGGAAUUUGUUUCUGGUGUUACGACAACAUUUACACCAGGGGCAGGUUUGAAAAUAAUUCAAGCCUACAUGGAAGGAUACCGGCAGGAUUGGAAGCUUUCCUUUGAGAAAGAAACUAGGACAAGAGGUGGCUGGCAACAAGGUGGUAUCAUUGUUGCAGGUCCUGGAAAAUACAAUAUAUCAUACAUCCAUAAGGACAAAGAAGCAGGUGAUGAUCCGGAUGUAGAGGAAAUCUUAAAAGCAUGCUGCACAUAA